AUGGAAGCAUUGGUAACUGAUAAAGAUAUUAGCAUUAAAAAUGAAAAUGAGAAUGAAAAUAACAAUGAAUUAUUAAUUGGCCAUCCAAAUUUAAAUGAUCAUGAGAACGAUGUAAACUAUGAAAAAAAGGAUGAUAUGGAUAUGCCUAUUAGUUUUAAUGAUCAAGAUAAAUUAGAUGUACCGUCCUUAGUAGAAAUAUGUAAACAACAAUUAAUUGUGAUUUUAAAAGAUAUGUGUGCAGAUUCUAAUAAUUCAGAUGAAAAAGCAUCUUUCAUGUAUCAUUUAAAUAGAUUAAGAAGUGCAGUAACAGUAGUGGAUUUACAUAAUUAUAUAGCUGUAUUUGGUCCUUGUUUAAGUUAUAAUAAAUUACCCUCUACGUGGAAUAUAUCUGUAUGUGAUUAUUUAAAACAGCAGCUAAAUAUACUUCGAGCUGCUGAUUCACAACAAAAUUCUAAUAAUUACAUGAAUUACUAUGAAUUACAUAAUGAAUUUGACGAUGUAAUGAAUGAAAAAAAAAUGAACAAUACUAAUAAUUCAAUACAUGGGAAUAUUAAUUCAAAUAAUAUUAACUCACAAUCUUCCAUGAAAGGUACAAUUCAUAUAAAUUCUACAAAUAAUAGUAUGAAUUAUUCCUUUUGUGAUCAAGAGGAUAAGAUGGUUGAAGAUUAUUAUGAAUGUUUAAUGAGAACAAAAUUAUCCGAAGAGUCUCCUGAUUGUUUAAAAUAUAUGAUGAAUACAAAAAAUGAUUCAUUAAGUAAUACAGAAGUAGAAAAUGUAAUAUCAUAUUUAAAAAAAUACGAAGUCAAGUCUAGUAAAAAUUCAAAUAAAAUGGAAGAUGAUAUGAAGUUUAACAAAGACUCUGAUUAUGAUUAUCAAGAAGAUUAUUUGAAGGAUAAAGCAUUGUAUGAUUCUGACAUAGAUGAACAACAUAAUAAUGAAAAUAAUAUGCAUAACAACAGGACUGUUAAUGAUAAUUCUAGUAAUUUAAAUAACAAUAAUAAUAAUAAUAAUAAUGUUAAUAGCAAUAACAAUAAUAAUAAUACAAAUAAUAUUAAUAUGAAUAAUAAAAAUGGAAAUUUAAAAUCAGAUAGAAUGAAAAAAAAUGAUAUAAAUAAUUGGACUAGAUCAAACACAGAAGGACACCCUGAAUAUCUACCAAGAAUACCAGGGGUACGAUUUAAUCCCAAGAAACAACAAUGGCUAGCUGCAUGGAAUGAUAACACUAGAGAAAUAAGAAGAUAUUUCUCUGUGAAACAGUAUGGUUUUGAACAGGCUCGAAUUUUAGCUGUAAAAGCAAGACAAGAAGCAGAAAAAGCAGGUGCAAGAUGUAAGCCGAUGUUUCAUGUUCAUGGUAGAAAAGCAGUAGAUACAUUAUCUAACGAUUUAAUAAAAAAUGAUAUGGAAGAAACUUAUAACAAUACACUUUCAAAUAAUGCUAUUGGAAAUGAUUUAUUGAAUAAAAAAGAAUUAAUUAAAUCCGAAAACAAAGGGUUAAAGAGAGGAAGAGGAAGACCUCCUAAAAGAAAGUUAAGUGAGGAUUCUCAAUUAUCCUUAGAUGAUGUGGAACAAAACUUUUGUCGAAAUAAUGAAAAUAUGGAAUUGAUGGAAUGUAUGGAAUCCUUUGAUAAAGAUUGCACAAGACCUAUGAAAGGAGUAUCUUAUAACGACAGAAAAGGAUCUUGGUUAGCUUAUUGGUCAAUUGGUAAAAAUUUUCAAAUGAGAAGAUUUCCAAUAAAAAAAUUAGGUUUUGAGAAGGCAAAAGAAUUAGCUAUACAAUGUAGAUUAGAAGCAGAACAAGCUGGUGCUACAACGACAGAAAAUAGAACAAAACGAAUGAGAAAUUUAUUAACUAUUAAUCCAGAUAAUUCAUUAGAAGCAUUGAUGGAACAUAAUUCGUUGGAAAAUGAUGAAAAUUUAAAUGAUAAAAAUGUUAAUGGAAAUAUAUUAGUUUCACAAAUGCAAAACUUUAGUAAUAAUACGAUGAAUAAUAAUAUUCCCCCAACAAAAUUACCUCAUAGCGAUGAGCAAGAAAGUGAAAUAGAUUUUUCUCCCACAAAGAGAACUAGAGCUCCAAGAGGAAGAAGAAUGGAGAGUUUAACUGCGCGGGCUAGUGCGUUAACGCCUGUCGAAGGAGUUAGAUUUGAUCCUUAUUCUUAUUCUUGGUUUGCUAAAUAUUUAGAAAAUGAAAAUUCAAAGGAACCAAAAAUUUCAAAAUAUUUAUUAAAAAAAUGGGGUUUUAAUAAAGCACAUAGCUUAGCUGUGCAUACUGUAAAAUGUGCAUAUAAAGCAGUUCCAUUUACGGACGAAGAAUUAAUUAAUAUAUUUAACGUAGAUGCAAAAAAUCUUAUUAAUAAUCAAAACAGUUUAAUUAAUUUAGGAUUUAAUGAUACGUUUAAUAAUAAUAAUAUGAAUAAUAAUAAUUUGAAUACUAAUAAUUUUAAUAACCUUAAUAAUAAUAAUAGUAAUAAUAAUAUGAUUAAUAACAUGAAUAUUAUUAAUAAUACAAUUAAUAGCAAUAUGGAUAAUAAUAUUAACAAUAAUUUUAAUAAUAGCAUUAAUAGUUAUAAUGGUAAUACUAAUAACAUUAGUAUUAUUAAUAAUAAUUUGAGUAAUAAUAUUGAUAACAUUGAUAAUAAUAAUGCAAAUAAAAGUAAUAUUAAUAGUAAUAGUGGUAGCAAUAAUAGUAAUAAUAUUGGUAACAAUAAUAAUAAUAAUAAUGAUUUAAAUAUAAAUACUAAUAAUAAAAUGAACAUUUUAAAUAAUUAUAAUUUUAAUAAUAAUAAUAAUAUGAAUAAUGAUAAUGUAAAUAAUAUAAAUAACUAUAAUAUUAAUAGUAAUAAUUCAUCAAAAAGUGGGAAUAUAAUUAAUAAUAAUUUAAUUCCAAGUAAUUUAAGUAAUAGUUUAAAAACAGGAAUUGGUAAUAUAAAUAAUAUGAGUAAUAACAAAUUGAGCAAUUUUAUGAACGAUCACAAUAUAAACAGUAAUAAUUAUUGUGCUGGUGAUAUCUUGAAUACAGGAAUAUUAGAUGAAAAUCAUAUUAAUAUGAUAAAUGCAAGCAAUAAAUUGGAUAACAGUAGUAACAACAAUAAUAGUACAAAUAUAAUAAAUGACAAUCCAGAAAGUCAUAUGAAUAUUAAUGAAUGUAUUUUAAAUAAUAAUGUUAUUGAAUAUCAUAAUCAAAAUAAUAUAAAAAUUAAUGCUCAUAUAAAUAAUGUAGUAUCUGCUAAUGGGGUAGAUAAUAUAAUUACCUCUCAUAUAACCGAUAUUGCAUUAAAUCGCACAAAUGAAGCUAAUGUGAAUUCAUUGGAUACAAAUUAUAAUAUUUCAUCAAACAAUAACAAUGAUAAUACAAAUAUUAAUUCAGAAAAUGCAAUUAAUAGCAAAUCAAUUAAUAUAAAUAAUAAUGACAUCAAUAAUGAAAAGCAUGGUGCUUUAAAUAAUAUAGAGCAUCCUAUGGAUAAUAGAAAUAUUUUAAAUAUAAUUAAUGAGCAAAAUAAUUUAGAUAAUAACUCAAAUGUUGAUAACAAUAACAGCUAUUCUAAUAAUCAUUAUUCUAAAAAUACAAACAAUAAUUUUAAUUCUUAUAGUAAUGAUAGUUCAGGUGCAAACAAUUUAAUUAACACUAGUCAAAAUGAAAACAAUGAUUCAUCUUUAUAUUAUAUGAAUGUAAAAGCAGAAAUAAAAACAAAACAAUAA